AUACCGCACCAGCGUUCCUAGUCCAAGUGGAGGGAGCCACGGGAGCGUCGCAUCAUUGCAGUAGAGUGCCGUAACCCACCGGAGAGCCCGAACUACCGCACUUCACCGCCAAAAAACACCGCGUUCGCCUGGAGAGGGAGGUAGACAGCAGUGGUUGAUAUUAAAGAGGUUAAGACGACAUUUUCCCUUUAAUGGCUCAUUUUGAAAUCGUAAGCGUUUAAUGGGCCAGUGCUGAGAUUAAGAGGAGGCAACUCGCACGACGUCAAAGGCGUGUUUUUUUUUCAUUCAGUUUGGAGCAUCUUUGAGGACCGCAUCAUCCUUUGGAAUAUCGGCUUCUCGAAAAGCUUACACCUUUCCACCUGCUUCUUGGAUAUUUAAUGGAUUACAUGAUACAAGUACUUUUCUCUUGAGAUUGCAUUGCCCGGUUCACUUUGUGGUCCCGCUGUGGUGCGUUGAGUGAGUUAUUGCCCUCGUCCUGCGACCCUGGUCUCUGCGCCCCAUCACCCCUCCUCCUCCUCUUCAUCGCUGAGUGAGUCAGUUCGAAGCAGCUGCAUUGAAAAUGUCCGCCCCAGAUGCUGCCGCCGCCGGACCCCCUGGUGCUCCAGGUCCUGAUGGGGCCCCACCAGGCCCCCCCAACACCUCCAGCAACCGCAGGCUACAACAGACACAGACCCAAGUCGACGAGGUGGUGGACAUCAUGCGGGUGAACGUGGACAAGGUGCUGGAGAGGGAUCAGAAGCUGUCAGAGCUGGACGACCGGGCCGACGCGCUGCAGGCAGGGGCCUCCCAGUUUGAAAGCUGCGCCGCCAAGCUUAAGAACAAGUACUGGUGGAAGAACUGCAAGAUGAUGAUCAUGAUGGGAAUUAUUGGAGUCAUUGUGGUUGGAAUACUUUUCUUGUACUUCUUCUACUGAGCUCUCGUCCGAUCACCUAGAGGCGGACUAACGGACGACGUAAGAUGAGGGAAGAGAGAGAAAAAAAUAA